UUUGAAUUGCAAUUGGCCAUGGCAAGCUGCUGGUGCUGAUGACUUCAGAGGACCCAGCGCCAUUGCCAAUCAAGCGGGCCAUGUGCGCAAGGACCGCUGAUUGGGGCCAACAUUCGAAAUGGUCAAGGGCAUCGACUGACCUGAGCAGCGCAGCUUGGAAAGACAACAUGUUGGAAGUUUUGGAGUUGAAGGCCAAUGUCAAGACCUAUGUUCAAGCCUUAAACUCUUCAUGCGAGCACUCCGAGCAGCUUCCGAAGUAUCACCAGAAGGUGCAGAAGGCAACUUGCUGCGGUGCCUCUUCAACUUGGCUGGGUUUCCCGAACCAGGUUGCACUUUUCACCGCUGAGCCCACUGCAGAGGCAAUGUGAGCAAAGAUCACUAAAGAAGUUGAAGAUGGCAGGGGAAAACUGCAACAGAAGAAAGAGCAGCACCAGGCAGCACCUUGGAGGCCGAGAUGAAGAGCAGGUAAGCCUCGGCUACGUCGAAGGCCAUUUCGUUGAGAUCAUCCAGCGCAUAAUUGAUAUCAGUUUGCACCUUCUGUUUCACAAAGAGCUCGACAUUGGUGCCAGCUGGUCUAAAA